CCUCGGGUAACACAAUUUUUUUUUGUUUUGUCCUAGAAAAAAAAUUGUAAUUUUGGCAUUUAAAGUCUGUGGUUCACUUUGAGUUAUAUUUUUGUAUGGUGCAAGAUAUGUGCAGUGGCUAGAAUUAUGUGUCAACCUGUCUAGGCUAUAGUGCUCAGCUGUGUGGUCAAUCAGCAGUCUACAUGUUGCUGUGAAGGUAUUUUGUAGAUGUGAUCAACAUUUACAAUCAGUUGACUUUAAGUAAAGCAGUAUAACUUCCAUAAUGUGGAUGGGCCUCAUCCAAUUAGUUGAAGGUGUUAAGAGAAAUCACCAAGCUUUCCGGGAAAAGGAAUUCUACCACAAGACCAACAUAAAAAUGUGGUGUGAGUUUCUAGCCUGCUGGCCUGCCUUCACUGUCCUGGAGGAGACAUGGGGAGACCAGGUGGACUGGAGUAGACUGUUGAGAGAUGCUGGUGUGGUGAAUAUGUCCAGGAAACCACGAGCCUCCAGCCCAUUGUCCAAAAACCACCUGCCAACACCAAAGAGGCGAGGAAGGGGAAAGCAUCCUCUCAACUCCGGCCCAGAAGCCCUAUCAAAGUCCCCAAGACAACCCACAAGGGAAAAGGGACCCGUCAAGGAAGUUCCGGGAACAGAAGUCUCUCCCUGAAAGACCACCACUUCAAAAAUCCCUGAGGAAUGGAGUGGGCCACCACUAUCCUGCCACUCUGACCAGCCAAAUGAGGAACUCAAUCAAAAUGAGCCACAGCAGGACCACAAGGACAUGGAGACUUCCACCGUCUCCAGCAACUCCUUGGGCAACCAUUAAUUCCUGGGCAAGGCCAGAGACCUCAAGUCUAUCUGUAAAGUCUCCAGAGGUCUAACCCCAGAUAAGUAGCCAACAGGGUGUAGAGUACAUUUUGCACCCCAAAGCGUAUGCCCCAUGGUGAUGGAAAUAAAAUGAAUAUGUUGUAAAA